UUAGCCAAAUCCACAGGGCAAAGCAUAUUUUAGUUUCCUUAAUUGAACAUUGAAAAAAGGCAACCCAUAUGGGAAAGUUCCCCUUUUCUACACAUAAGUCUUAUCAGUGUUUGCACCUGAAUAUUAGUCAUGCAAUUAAAUUCCCUAAUGUCAGACCAUGCAGACAUCAAAAGAUGAAAACUGCCGUUUUUGUGGUCGUUGUUCUUUGCCUGAGCAACUCUCUGCAUCCAGAAGCAAAAACAUUGGCAGAGGAGAAUAGCCCACUUCAGGAGAGAGCACAUAUAGAACGCCGCUAUGCUGAAUCUACCAUUGCAAGUGACAUUAGCAAGAUCAUGGACUCCAUGGUGCAGAAGAACUUUGUGAACUUCCUUCUCAACCAAAGGGAGAAAAAGAGCGACCACCCUCUAAAUCAAGAGGAUGAAGAGGCUCACAUUUACAAUGACCUCCUGAAAAAAGAGCUCAGUUCAUGGGUCCACAGCAAGGGAAUGAGAUCCAGUGCUCAGUAAUUUGAUGGAGACAGCAUACAGAAUUCAUAAAGAAGAAUGAAAAACAUCAUGGAUCCCUGUUUGAAAAGACAACCAAAU